UGGUGGAUUUUAGCAACGCUCGAUAUUGCACAGUAUUAUAUAAUGUAAAAGCUGCUCGAAGGUGCCUCACCCCUUUGAUGAUCAGUGCUCCUCCCACAUGUAAAAGUUAUCAUGAAUGAAGUUACUCUAUAUUGGUUGAAUGCUGAAUGUGGACAUGUAGCCAGAGAAAAAAUGUACUGGCUCAUGACAACGUGUGAGUUAAUCAUGACUGAAUGUGUUUUCUGCAGGGUUUGACCGGUCCCAUCGGCGAGCCCGGGCCUGACGGUCCCCCCGGACAGAAAGGUGAACCUGGAACAGUUGGACCUCGUGGAAUUGUUGGUGUUGGGUCAGAUGGACCCCCUGGGCCACCUGGGCCUGGAGGACUUCCGGGUCCACUGGGAAAAACAGGACCGCCUGGGCCAAUGGGUGUGAGAGGGCCACAAGGACCCCGUGGACCAACAGGCCCAAGAGGGGCAGCUGGCAUGAUGGGCAGCGUCGACUUGUGUCCUAACUCUUGUCCACCUGGGACCUCCGGACAUCCCGGCCUUCCUGGCAUGAAGGGCCACAAAGGUGUAAAAGGUGAAGCAGGAGAACCUGGCAAACAAGGGCACAAGGGUGAGGAAGGAGAGCAAGGAGGUCAAGGGGAAGUCGGCUCACAAGGACCAACAGGCGUCCAGGGCAUCCGUGGGGCCACAGGAAUGAUGGGCACUAAGGGAGAGACGGGGGCUCGAGGUCCUGAUGGAGCUCCAGGUCCUCAGGGUGUUGCUGGUGCAUCUGGUGAUCCAGGUCAGCGAGGGGUGAUGGGUGAGCCUGGGCCUAAAGGUGAACAGGGUCUACAAGGGCCAAGAGGCAUAACAGGCCUGCCAGGACCCAAAGGAGAUGCUGGUUUACCAGGUGUGGAUGGCCGUGAGGGUAUUCCAGGCAUGCCAGGAGCAAAGGGAGGGAUUGGGAAGCCUGGACUUCCUGGAGAAGUUGGCCCUCAGGGACUGCCUGGUUUGCCUGGCUCACCCGGACAAAAAGGACAGGGUGGCCCUAAGGGAGAUGCUGGUCAAACAGGCUUCCCGGGAACGAUGGGUUCGGCCGGAAAAAUGGGCGAACGCGGGGAACAAGGCGAGGCUGGACCCGUUGGACCCAUUGGUGAACCUGGAGAAUUGGGAGAACAAGGCCCAGUGGGUCCACUUGGCAAGCCUGGUACCAGGGGAUCCAAAGGUGACCCCGGACUUCCUGGUCUUCCGGGCCCCCCUGGUGUUCCUGGAGUAAAAGGAGAAAGGGGUGAGCGAGGAGAAGCAGGACCCAAGGGAGACCAGGGUCCACAAGGGGAUGAGGGAAACCCUGGAGAGAAAGGAGAUGAUGGUGAACCAGGAGAAGGGGGUGCAAAGGGAGAGACUGGGAAUCCCGGCGAGCCUGGCAGAAGAGGUCCAGAGGGAACUCGAGGCCAGCCCGGAAUCGAGGGUCCGCCCGGCUCACCUGGCCCACGUGGCAUGCAGGGGAACAGAGGUCCACCCGGAGUCCGAGGAACACAAGGUCCUGCGGGUAAAGAGCCGAGCGACCAGCACAUCAAGCAGGUCUGCAUGCGAGUCAUGCAAGAACAACUGGCCCAGUUGGCUGCUAGUUUGAGAAGACCAGAGUCCGGUGCUGCCGGCUUACCUGGCAAGCCUGGACCCCCGGGUCCUCCUGGGGCUCCUGGAGACAAUGGUUUCCCUGGACAGGCGGGGGCAAGAGGACUUCCAGGACUCAAAGGACCACCAGGACAGCUUGGAGCAAAAGGACAUAAAGGUGAAAUGGGUGACAGAGGCUCACGAGGACCCACAGUUCGAGGGGCCAAAGGUCAGCAAGGACCUCCGGGACUCCCUGGUGAGGCCGGGAAACCAGGCUACGGUCAGGACGGCCGCGACGGCCAGAGGGGACCCCCCGGUCUUCCGGGACAGCCCGGUGUACCUGGACCGCCCGGUGCAGCCGGUCCUAAUGGUUACUGCGACCCGUCCUCCUGCAACUUAUCGGCGGGCGCUCAGCGUGUGGAUGUGAAGGGACCUCCGAUUGCAAGGAACUAAAAGCCACUCGGGGAGAGACAGGGACUAUUGGAUUAGAACAUUUUUCAUCCCAGGGGUUUGUGGUGCCUCCCAUCCAUUAACCUCUCAUCUUGUCUUGACAAGGUCCACCACAAGACCCCCGCCUCCAUUAAAAAAAAAAAAAAAAAAAAAAACAGAAGAAAAUAAUUUUGAUCUGUUGCCAAAAUCAAUUCUGAUCUUUUUUUUUCCUACCUGUUUUUAUUUUCCCAGAAAAGUAGUUAGAUUUUUCAGACCGCAUUCUCCCUAUUUACAUUUUUUUCAUCCUCAUGUAAAAACAAAAAGAAUCCCCCCUCCAAAAAAAAAAACCAGGGAAAUGCAAAGAAAAGCCCUUCCAUUUUCUUGCAAAAAAUAUCACCCCAAAUGAAUCUGGAUGCCUUUUUGUGUUGUAUAUGGUAAUUUAUCAAAGAAAAGUGUUUUUUUUUUUAACAACUGUCCAUGUCAGAAUGUUUUUGCAGUUGCAAAUAAAAAGGACAGACUUCAGUGUAUGUUGUAAAUCUGUAAAAAAAAAAAUGUUUGAAUUGUGGUUAAAUACUGUAUGUUUCCUAUAAAACAACCUAAUGUGACAUUUUGCCUCAUUGAACAGAACAACAAUAAUACAUUUGAA